UAGUGUUCGCAGCGAAAUUGCGAAUGAGACACGUUGAGAGCAGUUCUGAUACGGAGAGCAGCCCACGUAGACGCGGUCGUAGCUGUAAACUUCCGGAGUUAUAUUACGAGGAGCAGUGGAUCGAGAAGCGAACGCGGCGAAGAGGAAAUUUGAGGAAAUUAGCUCGUCAGGAUAGCCGGAGUUUCAGCGAGGAAGAAAUUAGAUUGUCGAAGACGUCGUCGAAGAAAGAUCAAAGGAGAGCCCGUAGCGAGUCAGCGCGAUACGAUGAAGACGAUACUGACGGUAAGUUAAAAAGAAAGAGGAGCAAGAAAGGCUCGACAAAAUCUAGACGCGAGUCGAGCGAAUCUUCGAUAGAAUCGGACAGCUACGAUUACGCUGAGGACACUUCAAGACAGAAGUUCGAUUCGCGCGUGGAAGAAAGUAAAACGGAAAGAAGCAACGAAAUGGAAGCUAGGGAAUACUUGAGAAAGGACGACAGCGAGGAAAGUGUGAGCGAUGACAGUUUGGAAGUGGUGGUAGUGCGGAAGUCUUUAGAAAAGAAAUGCGAGAAAGUGGUUUCCGGGAAGAGAUCAAAAACACCCAAGGAGAGUUCGAAAGAGUUGAAGUUCACUAAAACUCAUAGGAGUACUAAAAGGAAAUCGAAGUCUAAAAAAGGGCUGGAAAACGGUGACAGUACGAGCGAUAGAAUGCAGUCCUUUGACAAGGAACAAGAACAGAGGGAUUCUACGUUUCACAGCGAGGAGACUCCGAGGACUUCGGUAGACGAGGACAAAGGGAGCCAUGAGAAAAUUAUUGAAAGUCGAUAUCGGAGAGACGUAACUGAUAGCACUAGCCAAGAGACAGUAGAACGGGUCGUUGUGACAGCCAUGGUUCACAAGGAUCAAGGCCCGGACACGCCGAAGUCUAUUGUAGAAAAGGAAGUCACUUUCGAUGAUCGAUUAAGGACUGAAGUGAUCGAGAUGGAAGAAGGGUCGAGGGACGGUAGCUCGGAAGCUAGUAAGGACAUUGUAGAACAGAGUGACGAACUGAGCAGCAAUCUUGUUCAAAAGGCGGUUAGUUUAAAGAAGGACGUAGAAGAAAUGAGGCAACAAAUGACACAUGAAAAGACGCAAGUAGGAGACUCUAAAGAGGAUGUAAAGGAAGAACCGGGUGAAGAAAAAGUGAAGAAAGAUUUAGAUGAAAAGGAAGUGCCUCUUGAAAAAAAGGAUGAAAGUGAAAAAGGCAGUUUAGACGCACACGAGACGAGUGACAAGGGAAGUCCCACGUCUCAGAAGGAGUACCAACGACGUAAGAGUCAGCAGGACGAACUCGCUUCCAAAUCCGAAGGAACGUCAUCCGAGACGAAACACGACGUAUCUGAACACACUAUCAAGGAGGAUUACGAAGAAUCGGAAAAGGCUAGUAAAUCCGAGAGUUCAAUUAGUCAAAAGGAUGCGCAAAGAGAAGAUGCCACGCCAAGAACAGUCGUAGAAGACGUUCUCCCAUCGGAGGAUGACGAGAAAAAAUCGUCUUCGGAGGAAGCCAAAAGUGCAUCAAAAAGUAAACCCGGAACAGCAAGGAGAAGAUCGUCGUUCGACGAAAGAAGAUCGAAAUCUUCGUCUUCGAAGCAAUCUGACGAGAGCCCCAAAAAAAGCCACAGAAGGAAGGAACUGAAGAAACGCGAAUCUUGUACGAAAAAGAUUUCUGUGAAAACGAGCAAGGGAGUCGAAGACAAGACGUCGGAUACCCGGGAAGCUGAUGGAAGUGUCACUAAAGAAUCGUCGCAAAGCUCGGGCAAAAAGUCGACGGAUGAAAAGGGGCAAACAAGUGCUCUCCGUAGAAAAUCGGUCGACUUUUCAUCCUCGAAAGACUCCGCGUUAAUGGAAGAAGCCGAAGAACGAUCGUUAAGCGUCGAAACAGCGAGUACGACAAAAAGAAAAAUGUCUGUCCACGAGGAAGCCGUUCAAGGCUUGCCUCCAUCAAAGACUACGUUGGAAGAUCAAAAGGAGGAGAAAAAAGUAAAGAAACGUGCAGCAGAUGAGGUAGCAACGACAGAAGAGGAGAGCUUCCGGUACAUCGACGAAAGUUCUUCUAGUUCACCGAAAUCGGCGCAAGUCAGACGCUCGAGACCGUCGACGGGGAAAGUUAGGAAAACUGGACGGUCUCGAUCGUCGGUGGAGAAGAAAUGUUUGUUCGAAAGUUCAGAAGAACGCUCUCCAGACAGGAGUGCAAUUGUGGCGGUGAUCGAGAGCCCGGAAUGGGACGACGAGGACGAGGAGAUCGACAAAGAGAUAAGAGACGCGAUCGGCGAAGACGGAGAACACGAGACCGAACCUGAGGAGGAUAAUGAGAUGGGCGUCGUGAGAGUAUUACCGAGCACUAGCGAGGAAGAAAUGUCUCGAGUGGGUCCGGAUGUCUGCAAAACUUCAGCGACCGACUCGUUACCCCAGGUGCAAUCUAGUUCUCGCAUUCGCUUAACGCGAGUUCAAAGCCCGCAGGAGAGUAGAACUAGUCGAUUGCAAGGCAAACAACGUCGGGACAGCGGCGGCAGAGACAGUGGCAUAGAGCCUAGCCCCAGGGUGUCAAGAAUACCAAGAAGGAGAAUUAUGAAAUGUUGCCCGAACACAGACAAACAGCAGUCACUCAACAUGGACACCAUAACGAGGGACGUGCAAAUUAGUCUGCGACGAUAUCACCUGGAGAGGAAAAUAUUUUUCCAACUGAUGGAAUUAAAGAGGUUGCAGAUACGUCAUGGCAGAGCGAAUGAACAAGUUUUAGUGAAAAGACAAGUAGAGGCAUUUCAUAAAGCUGGGAUGUCUGGACCGACCCUUGGCGUGGCGAAAUACGAUCAACCCUUAACGUUUAGGCACUUUGAGGCGUUUUUGUACGACCAACUCAGGAAACUUCAGAAAAGACCAGCAACGCCAGAUUUCUGCACGGAAGCAAAACAAUGCACUCAGAAAACGCAUCGCUGUCAUCACGCCACAAGUGCUUACACCUCUUUCCCGGUUUACACUUAUCUAGGUGGAGGCGGCCAAGAACAAGCGGAUCUUCUUCCGAAGAUAGAAAGCCGAGGAAAAGGACAAAUGACGGUGGAAGUGACGCAUGGAGAGGAGAAACAAAUAAUAGCUCUUCCAGCUGAAAGACUGGAUCGUACAAAAAAAUAUUAUGUAACAUUCACUGUCAAAGGGGAAGCACAACACGAAACGGAGAAGCCCAAGUCGUCGACCGGUAUACAAAGACAUGCCAAAAGUGUUUAGAAAAAAAUAUUUGAUUAUAGUUAUUAUUUGAAAUUCUCGUAAUUAAGCUCGGUAUCAAAAACAUGCUGUUGUUACUUUUUUACUUUUCUAUUCAUAUUAUUCUGCUGGUGGAAUCAUAAUUGCAACGAUUUCUUAAUUUUUCUAUUUCAAAAUGAUCACUUUAUCGAAUAAUCCAAAAACUGCCAGAUGAAAAGAGUUCAAGUAUAAAUUCGUACGAAGUAAGAAAUGAAAAAAAGAUGUUCUGUAUGAAUCCAGUCAACUUCAAUGUAUAUAUGUUGAUAGGAAUAAGAAUGUAAAACUGUACAAUUGCAUCAAAAUGUAUUUUAUGCAUGGACACUCAGUCUCACGAGAUAAAAGAGAUUCAAAAGACGGGAGACAAAUUUUUAUAUACAGCGAUUUAAACGAAUGAUUCGGUUCAGAUUCAUCCAAAACUCUUUAAUCGCACUUGAAACAGAGAUAUACGAAUUUAUUCUACAAAAAUGAUUUCGUUCUUGCAAGAGCAGGGACCAGAAUGUAAUUAACUCGUACAUGUUCUGUAUAUUUGUGUAAAGUGCAAACGCUAAUAUGUAAUUUUGUGUAAAAUAAAAGUAUUACGAACUA